UGCAGGUAGCGGCGCAUGUGCGGUGAGCCGCGGAUCUGCGUGUGCCCUUUGCCGAGGCAGAGCGAUGGGGCUGGGGCAGAACGGCGCCGUGCGGGUUGAAUGGAUUGCUGCAAUUUCCUUAGCUGCUGGAGCAGCUGCUGUUGGGUACCUAGCUUACAAAAAAUUUCUCUCUAAAGACAAAUGCUGCAAAGCAGUGGUGAAUCCUCAUAUCCAGAAGGAUAACCCCAAGGUGGUCCAUGCGUUUGAUAUGGAAGAUCUGGGAGACAAGGCUGUGUACUGUCGUUGCUGGAGAUCUAAGAAGUUCCCACUGUGUGAUGGCUCUCACACAAAGUACAAUGAGGAGACUGGAGACAACGUUGGGCCUCUGAUCAUCAAGAGGAAGGAGGCAUAGAGUGGACAGUAGAAGCUACAAAAUGAAUGUCUGACAAAUCCUCUGCUCACUUGUUAUUGGGGGGAAAAAAAUGACAAAUUCUUUUUCAUGUCACUGGAAACUUUCCAGUGUAGCAUAUACAUCAGGCUUCAGCAUGUGUAUUUUCUCUAGUUCUUUUUUUAAUCACUACAAUGCAUAAUUUACUAAAUAGUCAUGGUUUAAAUUUUUUGUCCUGUAAAGUGUGUGUACCCUCAGAGUAUGAAACAUGACGCACAGAAUGUACUUUGUCAGAAUAGAUGUUAAAUUAUUUUCAAACACAUGUGUAUUACUCUAAGGCUAUUCAGUAGAAUGUGUAUUCAAAAGGUAGAUGUUAAAAUCCUGGAGAGGUUGCAAAGUCACAGGUCUGGAUAGAUUUUUAUGUAAAAGGCAGUGGUAGGAAAGUAACCAUGGUGCCAAAAUGCAGUUUAACCUUUGAUUAUGCUGCAUUUUCUGCAGAGGUCAGGUUUGGCCUGUUGCACUAGUAUUCUGUCUGACUUCCAUAAAAGCAGGAAUUCAGAGUUGCUAACUAAGAACCGACAGCAUAAAAGGCUUAAAAGACAACUUUCUUACAGCGUUGUUCAAAGUUGACCCUACUGCUAUAUGGUAUCAAGAAUAUACUAUUGGAACUUCAGACCUGUGUUUAGAGUAGGAUUAGGAAGACGGUCUCUGCAAAAGCUUUCUUAAUAGACAAGAGGAAUGAUAUGAAGUGUUCAAAGAGUGAUGGGCAGGGAGUGGCAGGGUUGCAUUUGCUGCUAGAAAGCCUUAGUUUCACUUGCAGUCUCUAGCAGUGAAGCUAACUUCCCUGGACCACAGGACACUUCUGUGGGGGAGGCUAUGCCAACUUACUCCAGAAGCUAAAAUAAAAAAACUAAAACCUCCCUCAUCGUUACUGUCUGCUUCAUCAUUGCUCUGGCUGGUUCCGGAGGACUCCUCCCACUGUGGAGGGAGGAGGCACACCUUUCUUACUAAGUGGCCUUAGGCUCUAUGUGUCUUAAAUAACUUUUGCCUCCCUGGGCUAACAGUUAAUGCGGUUCAGCUGAUUUUACCAAAAUAACUGACAUGGACAGGCUUUUGGGAAAGCUAGAAACUGGGGAGAAGGAGAUAUGAGGCAAGGGCAGCUCUUACUGUCCUUUAAAAUGGCAUUUGUCUGCCUUGUCUGACACAGUUGCUUUAAUGGUAGUCAUGUUGAUUUCCUUAAUUUAAACCAGCUUUGAUUUAUUAACAUGCAAAUUACUACAAAGCACCAUCCAAAGAGUAGGGAGGCAGAGGGCAGUUGUGUGUUAAACCUGGUCCAUUAGUGUAACUGCAGUCUGUGUAAGAUAGAGCUUUCAAAGUCCUGGGACAGAGAGGCUACCUCAGAGCUACAAGAAAGGCCUUUUCAAGAAGCUGACCUUUUAACCUGGACCCUUAAAGGAUUCUUCCAGAUCACCAGGGCAGUAGAGGUUUUACUUAUUUUUUUUUAAGAGUGUGGUUGGUGUAACUGGCUAAGAGUGAAGAAAGUGCUUGUGUUCUGAAUAUGAGACUUUCCAAGUCUGAAGUCUUAGCUGAGUGGUCUGAACUUGGGAAGGAGGAAAAAAAAAAACAGAGAAGGUUACAGAGAGGUGGAGAAAGAGGGUUUGCAGGUGAAGUGCUAUUGUAGGGGCAACUACUGUCUGUGAGAGAUAUCUACUUGGAAGAAGUUGCAGUCAAAUAUGUUUAGUUUCUGUCUUGUUGUCUUGACUGUCAAGGUACUUGAUGUUUUUUACUUGGCUGAGUACUGAUGCAUAUGGGAAGUUGUUUUAACUUUAAAUUAUCCAAGACAUUGCUUUUAUUCAAAACAAAGUUAUUUCUGUAUUAUUAGGCUAUGACACUGGAUAUUUCUGUAUUUUUGUCAAAUACACAUUUGAGCUCAUCCUAACCUUGAGAUUGUAAUGUCUGUGUGCUCUCUUGGGUGUGCUGUUUCUUUCAAGGGAGGUUUAUGCUGUGAGCAGUGCUGUAUGCCAGUGCUGCUGUAAUCAUAAACUUGGGUCUGGGUUGAGUUUUCCUUCUGAGACUUCUUUUCCUGUUAGCAGCAAAGCCUGGCUGCCCGUGAAGGAAUAAAAGUUCACAUUAAUGUUCUGA